GACGAGACCAACAGCCGUUGAAGAGCCUCAUGCCUCCUUUUGAGGCUCGCUUCUAUGCUUCUUUUUAGCUCCUUAGAACCUGGCUAUGGCCGACAAGAAGGUCCUUGUCUACUCCAUCUGCAUGACGUGACCAACCGCCCUAGUACCCCGUUUUGACGCGCCUCCUGUUUUGGCUCUUUUCGAGGCUCUUUAAAGCCUAGCCAUGGCGGACAAGAAGGUUCUACUCCAUCUGUAUGACGUCACCAACAGCCCUGACCCGAACGUAAACAGCACGGUGCUUCGCAUCAACGGCAUUGCGAGAAGCACCUUGGGAAUCGGUGGCAUUUUCCACGGCGCGGUCGAGGUGUACGGCGAGGAAUGGUCCUUUGGAUACUGCGAGCGCGGCUCCGGAGUCUUCAGCUGUCCUCCUAAAUCGAAUCCCUACUACACGUACCGCGAAACGGUGGACAUGGGGGAGACGAAGCUCAGCGCGAAACGCGCGGGGCAAGUCAUCGCGGAAAUGAGCGUGAAGUGGCCUGGUGCAUCGUACGACAUGCUUGCAAGGAACUGUAACCACUUCUGCGACGAGCUGUGCGACAAACUGGGUGUCGGGCCUAUUCCAGCAUGGGUCAAUCGGUUCGCUCGGACAGGGGACUCGGCUCUGGAGCUGUACGAUCAAGUGGGGCAGCAGAUUGCCUCCUUACAAGAGUGGAGCAGCAGCACAUACAGCUACUUGCUUGGCACGAUCUCCCCUGCUCCUGCUCCUGCUGCCGGUUCUGCUGCUGCUGGUACUGCUGCUGCUGCUGCUGCUGCUGCUGCUGCUGCUGCUGCUGCUGCUGGUGCUGCGGGUGCGGGUGCUAACGUUGCUGGUGCAGCCGGUUCAGGAGUUAGUUCUGCUCCCUUGGGUUCUGUGCAGGGGAGGAGUUGGAGUGAGUUUUGGAGUGGCAGGAAGGGAGAGGAUGCAGAAGGGGCAGAGUUGUUGCAACCAGGGGAGGAGAGAAGCACCAUGGGGGUUAGUGGUAGUGAGGAAAGAGGGGAAGGGGAAGGGAGAAUAGGGAGAGAGGAGGGUGGGGUUGGUGAGGAGAGGAAACCGGAGGCAAGUGAUAGAGGAACAGAGGGUGAGAGGGAGAUGGAGAGGGAGAGGGAGAGGGGAGGGCUCCGUGCAACUCUUCCUUUGUUACCUACUGUGCCUCCUGUGCCUCCAGCAACAAUUAGAAGCAACAAUGUCAAUUAGUGGAUUCUUUUAGUGUACCAUAAUCUAUUCUCGCCAACAGUAGUUUCUUUAUCUAGUAGACCAAUGAAGAGUGCAAAUUUUC